AUGAAGCUGUUCAAGCACUUCCGUUCCAAGGGGAAGAGCAAAAGUGUCGACCACUACGGUUAUGAGCAACAUGAGAAGUACAAUAAUCGUAACUACAAUCGUCAAAACCCUCAGUACUCCAGCUACCGCUCUGGUCCCUCCAGAGACUUCACUCAAAACCUUCCCCUCGAGGUCCUCUCUAGGAUAUUUUCCUAUGUUUGCCUUCAUGUUCUGGACGAUACUUAUAACUCCUCUGAAGAGUCCAUGACAGAUGAUGGUUGCAUGCUCUGUGACAUGCGGGACCUUGCACACUGUGCGUUGGUGUGUAGGAAAUGGUAUUCUCCCGCCCAUAAGCUCUUAUAUCAGAAUGUCCGUAUCGAUGCGGUUCAUUACUGUGAUCUCGAGUAUGAAUUAUCAGCCAAGCGAAAGAAAAACUCGUUCCUCGACCACAAUUCAGUACCACUGGAUGCGCCCAUGACGCGGUUGACACUCUUCAGCAGGACGGUGCGUGAAUCCCAGCGCAUCGGGAAUCUGGUUUUCUCGUUACGGAUGCCCUACAUGACUCGAGAAGCUGGUAAGCUAUUGCUGGCUCAGACGGUAUUGAUGCUACCAAACCUACGAUAUGUGGACUUGCCCGCGGGCGUUUUCUGCGAUGAUGAGUCGACGAUGAUCCUCAAGCAGACCUUGAUCGCCCGGUGCCCGGAUAUUCGGCGGAUGAAGUAUUCCAGGGGCUCAGAGAAAACCUUCAGUGCAGUUCAGCAAGAAGAUGAGAUAGAUGCUGUGGAUCAGUUUAUGCAAGGUCGCCAACUGCGUCAACCAGCCCGGCCACAGAUCAAGGUCUGGCAAAACCUGGAAGUGUUAGAGCUAUGUGGCCUGAGCUCGUCCAUUGACAUACUUCGCCGCGUCCUGGUUCAAUUCCCCCGUUUAACGGAUUUGAAGCUGGAGGAUUUAAACGAGAUAGAACCCGUCCUAUUCAAGAAUUCUCCCUCCUUAAGCCCCUUCCCCCCCAUUGAGCGCCUCACACUAAACAAUACUCCGGGAGUCACCGACCGCACAUUCAUGGACUACUUCAGCACCAACCGAAACAAACGCGCUCUCAAACACCUCACCCUUUCCAACACCGGUAUCACCCCGGGCGCCCUCCACCACGUCCUCAAUAACUCCCCCAAAAUCCAUAGCCUCUCCGUCACCCAAUACAUCUCCGAAGGCUUUGUCCAGGACAACGUCCCACUACUCGCCUCCCACGCUCUCUGCCUCCUCCACUACGAAAUCACCGCAAGGACCGAACACCACGCCGCCUACUACUACAAGUACCUCAUGUCCUCCCUCCUCUCCGGCUCUCUCCCAGGCCUCGUAGACCUCUACGUUCGCGACGCCAAGUUUCCGGAAAUGCUCAUGUAUGCCUCCCUCCCACAGCUCGGUGGCUCCCGCGGCGGUGCCAGUGGCAGCCCGGCCGGCCUCAACCAGGCCCUGUCUGUAUACAGCAAGGGUGCCAACGAGGCGGAAUGGAACUUCACUGCGUACGAGCCUCUCGAUGUUCCAGGUGCGGGCAUUGGUGGUCGACGGCGGGGCAGCUCGUCACGCCCUGUGAGUUUCCAUGGUGCACAGCUCAGUCCGGCAUGGGGCGACGAGGCGCGUAGGAGCGUGUUGGUUGGGAACGGGGUUGGUGGGUUCUUAGCGAUUCCUGGCGAAGAGGAAAGGCCCAAGAGUAGUGGCGGCGCGUGGAUGCGUCAUCACCAUCGGCGGGAGGGGAGUAAGGGGGAUCUCUGGAGGUAA